AUGUGCAAACGGGCCGGGCUCCCCAAGCUCCCGUCAGGCGCUGUAUUUUUUUUUCCCUUGCUGUCUGGCCGUAGAAGGAAAGCAGUCAAGCUUCCCCAAUCCCCCAAUACCUACACCUCCGCUGCGCAACACUCGUCCGAGGAGCCACGCACUUCUCGCCAACACAACAAAUUCUCGGCCCUCGUCGCCAAUUCUGUACGCGGUUGGCUUCUUCCCGUACACCUGCCACUCUUUUUCUCCUCUAAAAACCAUUCUCUACUCCGGGAUUCUGUUCUGUUUUUCUUCAUUUUCGUCCCCUCUAUCCUCGACCUUUUUUUCUUCGACUGUCCUAUAUACGCACGACACCGCCUGCACUUAGACAUUGACGUACAUACGACCCUCUAUUCUUGA